AUAAACAAUAGAUUAUACGUAGCAUGUUCAAAGGAGAUGGUCACGGGUCUUAGCGCCGCGCCAAAGUCCAAAGCAUAAAAUGCCUUUUGGCAGUUACUUACAAAGAUAACGAAUGGAAUGUAUAGUCUACUAAAGGGCUAUGUGUCAAGGAAGCCUAAGGAACUCCAAGAUGAGGACGAUUUAGAUGCGAGAUCGGAAAAACAAGAUCAUUCAGUUGUGGAGUUUCGCUCGAACUCCAGUGAUCCGACCUCCUCGACCUCCAGUGGUGGAAAUGGCACUGGAUAUCUCACAUGGGGAUGGUCUGCUAUGUCAUAUGUAGGCGGUCAGCUUAAAAAGGGGAUAACCAAAACACUUUAUUGGGAUCCUACGGCAGGACUUCCUCAAUUAGAGUCGGUCGCUAUGGCUUCGAAGACGAAGGGAAAACCUAAAAUACCAGAGGGAACGUCCGAAUAUACGGUCACUAAUAGUGACACCCUCCCCAAGAUAGCAUUAAGGUUUGACACCACACCCUCCGAGCUGACGCGACUCAAUAGAUUGACAUCUCGUAUGCUCUUUCCGGGACAGGUCAUUUUUGUUCCCAAUAAGAGUGCACUCCCAGAGCCGCAAGCAAUCCUGUCCUCAGCACCACACGAUGCCCCGCCCCUUGCACCCCUAUCUCCGUCGCUAGUGAAUGGGUCACAGGCCCGGGCUAAUGCCUGUAAGCAUGGUAAAGUUCACCUGACAAAGACAGUGUCCCUGACAGAUGAUGAGGAGGAGAUAUCCGAGCAUUUCCUAAAGAUUUCUGCCAAGUACAUCACCGACGGCCAGGGUGUGGUUAGUGGGGUACUCCUGGUAACGCCCCAUUCUGUGAUGUUCAAUCCCAACGUUUCUGACCCCUUGGUGUUGGAGAGGGGACGGGAUACCUACUGCAUCACCACGCCCAUGUCAGCCAUUACAAGUGCUGCUAUGUACAAGGAUAUUGCUGCAAUGGCCGUGCAUGACCCUCUUAAGCACGGCAGAUUUUACCUAGAUUCUGGUACAGCUGAAUCCAUCAGCCGGCAAAACAGCAUUGAAGGCGACAAAUUGUCUCCGCCUUGUAGCCCUCCCUCAACCAGUCACAGGUCAGAACUUGGUGGCAUCCAGGAGGUGACCCAUUCAGAAAGCCCUUCUAAGAGUAAAAGAGUCAGACAAAUCUCUGAAACAGAACCCGUGCCAAUAGCCAUCGACAGAGGCGCAGGACAGACGACUGGAGAAACAGAAUCCAACUCACUAAGUCAAGACAUGGAUUCAGAAUCUCUAGGAACAAAGAAUGAUAACAGUAUGAAAAUUAUCGAUGGACUUCUAAAUGAGGUUAUUACUGAAGUUGUGAAUUCGGAAUUUUCAAAAACCACAAACUCUGACAAUACAUUACCUGGGAGAGCAACUUCAAACAGAGAUCCUCUUUGUGCAUCACCUGGAUCAGUAGACUCUGGUAUUAUUUGCUCCAAAGAUAUCAAGAGAUACAUAUUACAAGAUGAUGAUGUUGAAUCAUCUGUUGAUUCACCACUGCAUAAGGGAAAACGUUUGUCAGAGGGUACUGAUCAUGGCAUGGGCACGGAGAGUGUUAGUGAUAGUGCAAGUGUUGUUUCUUCUACAAGCAACGUCGAUGAUACUAGCACAGUGUUGUCUAGUGGAAAAUCAUCUGUUCUGGCUGGCUUCAGUGGUGAAGUUAAGUACUGGCUUGGAUUUGGGUCCAGGAGUAUAGAUAAGGAAGAAAUUAUUCCUCGCCCUGCUGCAGUUUCUGAUGUUCAACCGUUAUACCUGUGCAUUCGGAUCAGCAAGAAACAUUGGUGCAUCUGUCUUUCUGGCAUCAAAAAUAAGGAAAAAACAGAAGUGCUGUGUGACAGGGACCGGCGAAGAAGAGAGUACUGGUUUGCCAUUCCUCCAUCAAGGGUGGAGCAUGUGUAUGGUUUCUUCAAGCAGUGGUGUCCACAUAUUCAUAAUGCCACAAGCGAGAGUGAGGACGAGGCUGAAGGAGCUCAGGAUAUCUCAGAUCUUAAUGACGAUGAGGGAAUUCAGUUUGUGGAUGUGUUUUUCGGUUGCACCCCACCCAAGCCUAAGGUGGAGCCUCCCUUCCACGAGGGUAUCCAUACAUCUGAAAAGUCUUGCACCCCAGACCGCUUGUCUGAUGAGGUGCUAUUCCUGCCUGAGAUGUCACACCAGUCUGAGAUCAUCACCGAAAAGCAAAUAAAGCAGCUGAACAAGUUGUUACCCUCCCGCACCGUCGGCCACACCUGGAUGUUAGUGUACAGUACUUUUCUGCACGGUUUUAGUCUGAAGACCCUGUACAGAAACAUGGAGUGCUAUGACUCGCCCAUGCUGAUAAUCAUCAGGGAUGACGAACAUCAGAUUUUCGGGGUACUGUCCUCGUUACCUCUACGUAUCAGUGAUGGCUUUUACGGUACCGGGGAGUCUUUCCUUUUCAAGUUCAUGGAAGAUGGAACGAUAAAGGAUUACAAAUGGACCGGUGAAAAUAAUUUCUUCAUGAAGGGCUCAAGAGAUUCCGUCGCGUUUGGGAGUGGUCGGGGUCACUUUGGUCUUUGGCUUGAUGAGGAUUUUUACCACGGCAGCAGCAACAAAUGUGAGACGUACGGAAAUGACACCUUGUCCAGACACAAGGACUUCUUGUGUAGUGCCCUAGAGGCAUGGACCUUUGUGUGACACCCUGUCAUGGGUCCUGUAUGAACACACCUAGACAUUGGGCCUUUCUAGGCGUGGGCCUUUCGCACGGAAACCCUGUCCAAACAGAGAGACAUUAGAACUUUAUACCAAAACCUUGUCUCGACAUGGGGCUCCUCUCGAGGCGCUGACCCUUCGCACGAACACCCUGUCUAAUCAGGAGACAUGAGAACCUUAAAACCAAAACCUUGCCCAGACAUGCGGGCAUCCCUCCAGUCGUGUGCCUUUCGCAUGAACACCCUGUCCUAACACUGAGACAUGAUACUUUAAUACCAACACCUUGCCCAGACGUGCGGGCAUCCCUCAAGUCGUAUGCCUUUCACAUGAACACCCUGUCCUAACAGUGAGACAUGAUACUUUAAUACCAACACCUUGCCCAGACAUGCGGGCAUCCCUCCAGUCGUAUGCCUUUCACAUGAACACCCUGUCCUAACAGUGAGACAUGAUACUUUAAUACCAACACCUUGCCCAGACAUGCGGGCAUCGCCCCAGUCGUAUGCCUUUCACAUAAACACCCUGUCCUAACAGUGAGACAUGAUACUUUAAUACCAACACCUUGCCCAGACAUGCGGGCAUCCCUCCAGUCGUAUGCCUUUCACAUGAACACCCUGUCCUAACAGUGAGACAUGAUACUUUAAUACCAACACCUUGCCCAGACAUGCGGGCAUCCCUCCAGUCGUAUGCCUUUCACAUGAACACCCUGUCCUAACAGUGAGACAUGAUACUUUAAUACCAACACCUUGCCCAGACAUGCGGGCAUCGCCCCAGUCGUAUGCCUUUCACAUAAACACCCUGUCCUAACAGUGAGACAUGAUACUUUAAUACCAACACCUUGCCCAGACAUGCGGGCAUCCCUCCAGUCGUAUGCCUUUCACAUGAACACCCUGUCCUAACAGUGAGACAUGAUACUUUAAUACCAACACCUUGCCCAGACAUGCGGGCAUCCCUCCAGUCGUGUGCCUUUCGCAUGAACACCCUGUCCUAACACUGAGACAUGAUACUUUAAUACCAACACCUUGCCCAGACGUGCGGGCAUCCCUCAAGUCGUAUGCCUUUCACAUGAACACCCUGUCCUAACAGUGAGACAUGAUACUUUAAUACCAACACCUUGCCCAGACAUGCGGGCAUCCCUCCAGUCGUAUGCCUUUCACAUGAACACCCUGUCCUAACAGUGAGACAUGAUACUUUAAUACCAACACCUUGCCCAGACAUGCGGGCAUCGCCCCAGUCGUAUGCCUUUCACAUAAACACCCUGUCCUAACAGUGAGACAUGAUACUUUAAUACCAACACCUUGCCCAGACAUGCGGGCAUCCCUCCAGUCGUAUGCCUUUCACAUGAACACCCUGUCCUAACAGUGAGACAUGAUACUUUAAUACCAACACCUUGCCCAGACAUGCGGGCAUCCCUCCAGUCGUAUGCCUUUCACAUGAACACCCUGUCCUAACAGUGAGACAUGAUACUUUAAUACCAACACCUUGCCCAGACAUGCGGGCAUCGCUCCAGUCGUAUGCCUUUCACAUGAACACCCUGUCCUAACAGUGAGACAUGAUACUUUAAUACCAACACCUUGACUAGCCUGCGUAGCAAGCGUUCCCGUGUGUUUUGAGCGAAAGGAAACCCAGAAAAACAGGAAACUGGCGAGAAAUUCGAUGUGCCUUCUUUGCGCUCGAAGCACACAAGAACACUUGCUACGCAGGCUAUGCCCAGACGUGGAGACUCGAGGCGUGGGCCUUUCACACGAACACGCUGUAAUACAGAGAGACAUGAUACCUUUAUACCAACACCUUGUCCAAACAUGGGCCUUUCCAAACACCCUGUCCAAACAGAGAGACAUGAAGGGGGUACAUCUGAGGCCCUUCAGCCCUUAUCAGUUUCGGGCCUUCUAAGAUGGUAAGACAUGUGUACCCAAUGGAAAUAUAUUUGUAAUUUUUUUUUUUUGCUUUAGCAAUAGAAUGAUGUCGUAUUCAUUGUAGGGUGGAUCUAAUUUCAGUGCGGUUCAAGAAAAUUUAUUUCCCUAUUGUUAUGUACAUUUCAUUUACUUUUGUUGUAGCCGCACCAACACGUUCGGGAUUUAUGGCGAUAAAGCGAAAAGAACGGCACCCUCCCCCCCUAAAAUAAUAUUUUAUCUCUAAAAAAAUGUCUUGUGCCCGACUUGAUAUUGUCACCUUUUUUUUUUCUUUCAUUGCACCGAUUUAUCCAAUCCGUGCGCGGUCCGCGUCAGGUUGUCAUCGUCAAUCGGUCCAUAUAGGAUUCGUUUGCUUUGCUAUUUUGUUUGUUUUCAUUUGAUUUAUUUUGUUAUUUGUAUAUAGGUGUUUUGUACUUAAAAGCGUCGUGGGCAUGCCUGGCUACUAAUGACUUCGUCAUCUUUAGUUGCAACGCCCAUUGUAAAAAGAUAGUUGAAUAAGGUUAAAAUUAAGGAAAAUACAUAUAUAUAUAUAUAUUGAUAUGUGAUAUGUGAUAUCGAAAAUGAGAUGUUUACACAGAAUUAGAUAUACUUUUGAAAUAAAGUUAAUAGUUAAUUAUGA